GGUGCGGUACAAUGAAAACCUUAGGCUGGGCAAUCACAUUCCAGUAUCCAAACAUACGAACAAAUUUCAGAGAGGAGUUGGGGACCUUCUUUUUUACCAUCGCUGGGGCGCGCAUCCGAUUCCUCGACUCUCCGCUGGAUCUGCGUUUCUCUUCCCGACAAAGGACAGUGGAAAAUGGAAGAACAUGUAGAUUCUGAUCACCAGCUAAUGGUUGAGGGCGGUUUGACUUUUCCACGUAGUAUGCAAAUUGAUCCCAGAAGACAACGGUUUCCGUGCUGCAUUGUUUGGACACCUCUACCUGUUCUCUCAUGGUUGGUUCCUUUCAUUGGCCACGUUGGCAUUUGCAGAGAAGAUGGGGUUAUUCUAGAUUUUGCAGGGCCUAAUUUUGUCUGUGUUGACAAUUUUACUUUCGGGGCAGUGGCUCGCUAUAUCCAAAUCAACAAAGAUAAGGAAUGCUGCAUUUCUCCUCAUCCCUCUGCAUUUAAAGGAGAGCCAGAAUACCAGCAUGAUGAUCCUAGGAGAGAGACAUUAACAUGGGACGACGCACUACAAAAAAGCACGCAAGAGUUCCAGCACCGCUCAUACAGCCUUUUCACUUGCAAUUGCCAUUCAUUUGUAGCAAACAACCUGAACAGGUUAGGCUUUCAUUCGGGUGGGUGGAACGUAGUGAACCUUGCCGUCCUUAUCUUCCUCAAGGGCUGCUGGGUGAGCAAAUCAGCAUUCCUGCGAUCUUUCUUGCCAUUUGUCAUUGUAUCCGUUCUCGGACUUGCCUUUGGUGGCACUACAUACUUGACUUUCUUGGCCCUCUUCGCAUUUCUCCUUGUUGGAUGGUUCCUUCUCGGCACUUACUGUUUCAAAAGUUUAAUCCAUUUGUAGCUUUUAAACAUUAUCCAACUCUCCAUCUCCAUUUAUGUAUAAGAUCUGUUUGCUAUAUCCAUAUGCUUAUGCUCAAUCGAGAUUCGUACGCUAUUACAAGGAA